AUUGCCAACUCUUAUUGAUGAAAGGAAUGAGAAACUGAAAGAGGAGAUGUUGGGUAAACUAAAGGAUUUGGGCAACAUGUUUCUACGACCAUUUGGGCUUUCUACAAACAACUUUCAGCUUCAGCAAGACCCAAACACUGGAGGAUAUAACAUUAGUUUUCAACAGAAUGAACCAAAGCCACAAUAGCUAGUGGGACUGAUAUAGAAAUAUUACAAUGCCUUAAUGUAUUAUUUGUGUUUAGGUGUACUUAUAUUGGAUAUUUUUAUGACUAUAAUUACCAUAGUACUGUGUGUGAGAUAGAUUUGUCUGUAUAUGUUCAUUUAUCAGAAAUUACUAACUUUAUGAUGUUAUGGUUAUGUGUCUUUUAUUGCCAUUCAUUUUAUAUAUUUUGUAGCAAGUUUUGAAGCUGUCCCACAGAAAUUAUAUUAUUGGCUUGAUUUGAAAGUUUUCUUGUUUUUUUUUAAUCAUAGCUGUUUUGGGGCAACUCUGUUUAUUUGUUUCCAUAAUGGGCAUCUCAGUGUGCCACAACUUGUGACACCAUCAUUGCUAGUCUUUUUUACUCGUAAAAUUGGGAUACAAUAUUAUCUCUUGAAUGUAAAGUGAUGGACCAAGAAUUGGAAUUGAAAAAAAAUAUUGUUUAUGAUUGUAGGAUUCAUGUUUAUAAUGUGACUAAAUUUCAGAUUGAUUGAACAAAGUAUUAGUCAUACUGUGCUGGGUGUUCUACUACAGUUUUUCAUUUCCACUCUAUGGUUUUAAUAUGGAUAUCAAACAUUGCUGCUGAGUUAUGGCAGUUAGUUAAAACUAUGAUUGAAUUAGUUCAAAUUCUUGUUAGUAUAAAACCAUGUUUACAUGAGGGGCAGUAACAAGGGCAAACUUUGUUAAUUGAUCAUGUUCCAGUUCACACAUUGGGAAUGUGGGUAGCAGGUAUACAAGUGGAUUAUAUCAUAGGUGUGGACCCUGUAGUAGUGACCAAAACCAGCUAACUCGGUAUUGCUCAAUCUGUUAACUCUUGGCUGCCAGGAGAGUAUAUACAUGCAUUUCAAACUCUGUGGGAUUUUAUGUACAGAAAAUUUUAUUCAUUUUCUGUACAUAUAUAUGGCUCCUCAAAUGCUUAAUGUCACCAAGGAGUCAGUUACUUGGCAAACCUGAUCUUGAGUGUUUACCCAUUUCCAUUUAAAUUAUGAAAAAAAAAAUCUUUACAUUAGUAAUAACAAUAUAACACAUCAUGUUAAUAAUGAUAAGAAACAGUAAUGAUGUGAAUAGUAUUUGAAAAAAAAAAGGAAAUCAAGAAAUGGGGUAGUCUGGUAAGAUCAGACAAAUCUACUAAUUUACUUCUUGAUGGAGCCAUUAAUGUGUAAAAAAAAUCAUAAAGCUAAAUUACAGGGAACUGCACUGACUCAGCACCAAUGGGUUAACACUGUUUAAGAAUUGAGGAAUAUAUAUGCACAGCAGCCAGUACCUGUGUAAGCUGUCCCUUGUGUGGACAUGGCUUAUAGGAUGCUCUCUUGAAUGUAUAAAGAAAUUGAAUGCAAUAAAAACUUCUUAAAUAGAAAAAAAUAAACAGUCUUAAUGAUGUAGUAUUUGCAAAAGCCUCAUUUGGUCUCCGUUUUCAUUGAUUACAGUCAAGUUUUUAGCUUAAAACGAAUGCUGGGGAAUGUAUAACUAACUUGUGUUUAACUCAUCAUUUAUUUCUUCAAAGGAAAUGACUUAAGGAAAAAAAAUCCUCCACAGCACAAAGUGCAAUAAACAAGAUUGUCAUCAUAUAUAAAGGGAAAUGUGAAGUCCAUGAAUUCAGCUAGGGCUAUUUUGCCAUGGACUAAUUUUAGUGUAAUGGGAUUAGAUUGACCGAGUAUAAAGAUAAGAUUUUCUAAUUAUUUAUAAAAUCAACAGCUUUACUUUACCAGAACAUUUAUUAAUGAUUAUAGUUUCUAUUAACUUGUUCAUAGGAUCUAGUAACAAUUUUUUAAGCCAUUUCUGUGUCAAGUAAUUGGUUUUACUAUUAUCAAAUACAGUUACUAUGAAAAAUUCUGGACCUAUCCAUAGAAUGCUUAUGGAUCAGGGUUCGAUAGUUUUCAGGAAAUUUUAAAAUAUGGGAAAGGCAUAUGUUCAUGUGUUAUAUGGUGGAUGAAAAGAGUCUUUCAAGUGUUCCUCAACCAUUCUAUGAAACAGAUAUGCAAUUCCUCAGUACGUCAGUAUACCAAGCCUUUCGUAUAGUUGUUUACCCAGUCUGUCAUGAAUUGGGACUGUUUUAAUGGUGAGAUGACUGGAGGGUUGCUUUUCUUACUGAAAGAUAAGAAUGAAAUAUUGGUGUGUUUGAUAAAGAUUUAUUCUAUUGAGAGGAAACUUGGACAGGUGAGUCUUUUUAGCAGACUGAAUAAAAUAAUUUGAUUUUGAUAUUGCUUCUCUUAAAUUUCUUCAUUUCCUAAAGACAUGUUAGUCAGUUAGUAACUAGUGUUUAUUAUGAUGAUAAAUAUCACUGGGCAGGAAAGUAUCUGAUUUUUUCACACACAGACUUUCCUGAUUAGCUGGCAGACUAAGAAGCUAUUCUGUUAGUGAGCAAAAUUCUUGUUUGUGUGGAUGUGGCUUAACCCUGUGCUGUCCACUGUAGUUUUGUUUUACAAAUGUUGUUGGUACAGAGAUGGCUUCAGAACUGCUGAGCCACAAAGGAGUCAAUUAGUAGCCCUACAGGACCUCACCUGAUAUACCUGAUAUACCUGAUAUACCUGAUAAUUGAAUUUUCCCCCCUAAAAUUAUUGAUACUAGUACAUUUUUAUUAUUGACAUAAUGAAUAUGAUAGUAAUUUUAACAAUAUUAUUUUAAAAAGGACAUACAGCACUAUGGUAAAGUAUUGUAGUGAAAUGGGUGAAUGAGUUAAUGAUUAUGAUAAAGAAUGGUAAAUGUCAAAGGUUUUAGUGUUAUAGGAUACUAUGAUAGGGAAAAGGGUAGAGGGGGUGCAAAUGAAGUAAAUUGGAGAUUAAUAAAAGAAAGGGUUAAGAGUAUAGGGUGAUUGCAUGGAAUGGGGUGUAUCUGUUGCUGGGGAAGCUAUAGGAACCUUGGUUUAACGAAAAACUGGUAAAAGAGCUAUUAUGAAAUAAUCAACAGGUAAUAUAAGUAGAGAUGGCUGCUGAAGAAGUGAGGUAGAUAGGACAAGUAACAGACACCUUGGUGGAGUCCUCUUUAUGUACACAAAAUCAAUACACUAAGUCACAGGAGACAUGGCAUGUAGAUCAUGUCAUCCCAACAUCAGUAAGUUCAAUAUCUUGAGUCUUGUUCCUUUCCCUAAUCCAAGAAAUAUAUAUACACAUUUGAUUUUGUUUUAUUAGUCAAAAUGUUCUUGUCAAUAUUACAGCAAAUGUUUCCCUGUUUUGAAAAGAAAAAAAAGUACUAAUGCAUGUUAAUUGUUCUUUCCAACAAAACCUAGGCGCUAAUAAAAGCUUUCCAAAUUCA